AAGAAAGCAGAGAAUUACUGGCGGAAUUUAAAAAAUUGGAGAGGAGAGACAACGGUAUAGAAACAGAGGUUACAAAACUUAAACAGAUGUUAGAAGCUAUGAAUGAGACAGUACGAAGUAAUCAAGAUAUGAUGAUGAACAAAGUUCGAGAUUUAACAGAGAAGGAAUCAGUUAAAAUAAGAAAUCAAACUUCAGUUUUCAAGGAAGAAAGCAGAAAAUUAUUGGCGGAAAACAGAAUUAUCAAACAUCACCUGAAGAUGCAAAAUGAGACCCUGCAUGAAGAAAUUCAGCAGUUAAAGAACAAAGAAUCGGAUGUCAGAAAUAAAAACCGAGAAUUGUCAACAGAAAAUCGUCUCUUUAGAGAACAGUUAAAUGAUGUGAAGAACACACAGAAAGAUUUGAAAAGUUCCGUGAAUGAGGGACGAUUUAAUGAAAUAGAAAACUCCCUAAAGACAUUUUCAAUAUCUAUCAAUGAUACAUUAGAUGGUUUACUUGAGGAGCAUAAAAUUCUACACCUGCAGUUUAUUAACGUCUCCUCCUCUUUAUCUGCUGGAAGCAGAAAAUUACUGGCGGAAAACAGAAUUAUCAAACAUCACCUGCUGAUACAGAAUGAGACCCUGCAUGAAGAAAUUCAGAAGUUAAAGAACAAAGAAUCGGACGUCAAAAAUAAAACCCGGGAAUUGUCAACAGAAAAUCGUCCCUUCAGAGAACAGGUAAAUGAUGUGAAGAACACGCUGAAAGAUAUGAAAAGUUUCGUGAAUGAGGAACGAUGUAAUAAAAUAGAAAACUCCCUAAAAACCUUUUCAAUAUCUAUCAGUGAUACAUUAGAUGGUUUACUUGAGGAGCAUAAAAUUCUACACCUGCAGUUUAUUAAUGUCUCCUCCUCUUUAUCUGCUGGAAGCAGAAAAUUACUGGCGGAAAACAGAAUUAUCAAACAUCACCUGCUGAUACAGAAUGAGACCCUGCAUGAAGAAAUUCAGCAGUUAAAGAACAAAGAAUCGGACGUCAGAAAUAAAACCCGGGAAUUGUCAACAGAAAAUCGUCUCUUUAGAGAACAGUUAAAUGAUGUGAAGAACACGCUGAAAGAUAUGAAAAGUUUCGUGAAUGAGGAACGAUGUAAUAAAAUAGAAAACUCCCUAAAAACCUUUUCAAUAUCUAUCAGUGAUACAUUAGAUGGUUUACUUGAGGAGCAUAAAAUUCUACACCUGCAGUUUAUUAAUGUCUCCUCCUCUUUAUCUGCUGGAAGCAGAAAAUUACUGGCGGAAAACAGAAUUAUCAAACAUCACCUGCUGAUACAGAAUGAGACCCUGCAUGAAGAAAUUCAGCAGUUAAAGAACAAAGAAUCGGACGUCAGAAAUAAAACCCGGGAAUUGUCAACAGAAAAUCGUCUCUUUAGAGAACAGUUAAAUGAUGUAAAGAACACACUGAAAGACAUGAAAAGUUCCGUGUAUGAGGGUCGAUUGAAUAAGAUAGAAAAUUCCCUUAAAACCUUUUCAAUAUCUAUCUAUGAUACACUAGAUGGUUUACUUGAGGAACAUAAAAUUCUAAACCUGCAGUUUAUUAAUGUCUCCUCCUCUUUAUCUGCUGGUAAGUUUUCUUAAGUUUCAGUUUAAGUAACUAUUCCUUUCACACUGUAAUAUGUAUUUAAAAAUGAAGUCAAACUCGUUAGCAUUUACAUUUAUCGUACCAUGAUAUUUUUAUUCCAGAUGAACC